CAGGUGGUGCCGCCGCGUGGCCAGCAGCGCCCUCGGCAUAGCCGGCCUCGCCGGCCUGGUUCCCCGCCUGUCGCGCCCGGGGUGGCUGCUGGUCGGCGGGGGGCGGCCUGCCGAGCGCGUCCGGGCGCCCGUCACCCUGCGGCGCGCCGCGGCGCGCGGCGCCGUGCUAGACGGUGGGCUCGCCCAGAUGACGGUCGCGCAGCUGAAGGAGAAGCUCGAGAAGGCCGGCCUGCCCGUCUCUGGCACGAAGAAGGUGCUCAUCAAGCGGCUCGAGGACCACGCAGCCGCGCCCGCGGCUGCCACCCCAGCGCCAGCCAAGCCAGCGCCUGCCCCAGUGGCCACCGACAGCGUGAAUGGCGGCGGCCCCGGGGAAGACCUCGCAAGG